AUGUCAGUAGGGAGGCCUAUUCUGGGUGCAGCAGGAGUUGCAUUAGCAACAUCUUCCAAAGCCUUCAUGGCUUCUGGGGUGCUUUCCAUUAACAUGUCUGUUUUGACAGGUCCCGGAUUGACAGCAUUCACUGUACAGUGGUAUUUUCGUCCGAGCUCCAAAGACCACACUCUCAUGAGUCCUUCAACUGCUGCUUUUGUUGCCGAGGCCCUUCAGGUUGACUCCAAUCCGAUUAUCGAAGACCGACUCGGUGAGAGUUUCGAGAUAUCCAUCAUCGCCAACACCAGCAUUAUGAACGAGGAUAUUAAUCUCGCCGGGUCCAAUUUUUUGACCACUUUUGCAGGCACGCCUAAAACCAACGAGUUACUUUCCACAUCCUUCGUAACGGUGGCGCCUGCACCAACCACAACGUUGUCGCCCAACGUCACUCCUGGAAGGAUGGUCACAUUUGCUCCCAGCCAGCAAUUGUCUCCAAUCCUAAUCGGCAAGGCGUACUCCUCGCCUGCUAAGCGGGAGUUCACAUCGAGUGGAUGA